AUGCCCCAUUCGUCGUCAUCGUCGCUGUCGCACGGGCACUCGCACCACGUCGAGCCGCUCGAGAUUCACCUCGAAUCGUCCGAGCUCGUAUUGCGAGGCCUUACCGGCGAGGACCUCGAGCCGGCUGUGCUCAAUGGUGAGCUCGUACUCAACCUCCACGACACCACCACCCUCAAGGAGAUCAGUCUCAACUUUACGGGAACGUAAGUGUGCUUCCUUGCCGCAAUCAUAUACCCUCCGGACGUCUCUUGCGGGCGAACUUGCACGGUGCUCCCCCGUUCGGGAAGCGAUCCCAAUCACAGGUCCUAAUCGCUCUCAUCCCCGGAAAGCUGAUUGAUGCGAUACGCUCUCUUACCCUUGCAUCGUUCUUCCUCCUUCCCCCUGUCCACAGAGCCAAAGUCAGUUGGAGGGACACGUCCACACACCAUCACGACUUCCCACUGUUCUAUCACGACUUUGCCUUCCUCAACCCGUCCUCGAGCUCGACGCCCCACCCGGCGAUCAAGCACUCGCACCCGCACACGCUCAAAGCCGGGCGACAUGUGUUCCCCUUUUCGCUCCAUAUACCCGGAUCUCUACCUGCUAGUCUGAGGACCUACUCCGGCGCGUGCAUGAUCGAGUACAAGCUCAAGGCCGUCGCAGCCCGCUCCGGAUUCGCCGCCGCGGACUGGAGGGCCAAGCGGGUCGUCAAGAUCACCCGCGGCUUUGGCGUCGAUGCGGUCGAGUACAACCAGACUUUGGAGAUUGGUGCGUGUCUGAAUCACAUUUCGAAGACUAUGCCACGAGCGCAGCUAAUUCGACACGUUGGCUUCAACGCCCUACCCCCCUUUCGUCCCAUGUGCGCCCCGCCUGCUGGCACCCCUUUACCGCCCCACUUUCACCAUUGCCGAUCUUCGCUUCGGGCCUCUCUCGAUCAUGCCAAUCAGAAAACACCUGGCCCGGCAAGGUGAGCGGUAACCGGUAGUGAGGUGCAGCUUACACUCCGAGAAGCCGCUCACUGUGAGACUGUACCCCUCGCUUUAGGUCAUGUACGCCUUCACGAUUCCCCACAAGGCCUACGCCGCUGGCGAGACCGUCCCCGUUUUGGUCAAGUUCUCACCCCUCGCAAAAGGGGUGCGCAUCGUAUCAUUGGUUACUACCAUUCGCGAGCAUACGUAAGUGUUGUGGUCCCUUCGGCCAACUCUCCUCUUGUGCUGAUGAGCAACGUUUGGUUCCCCACACAGCACCGUGCACACCAAAAGUUCGUCGCACUCGGAAGCUCGGGAUGCCACCGUUGUCAAGUACAACUUUGUUUCCGACCAAGGCACGUCGAACGCCGCGGCAGCUCUGGCCCGACCCGAUUUGCCGCACCCAAUCCGCGUCGAGUCCAGCGGUCCUCUGGCCUCACCUGCUCUCGACCACGCCGCAGGCGGCUUCAGCCGCUCCUUCUCUGGGGCUGGCCGGAACGGGAACGCGAUUGCGGGAAGUAGCUCAGGCGGUACCCGUGCAUUACCUCCGCAUGCCCAUCUGGCCGGUGAAGGCGAGGAUCCGGCAGGUGAGGACCCACUCGUUGAUGAUGGACAAGAUACUGAAGUCGAUGUCGUCGUCGAGGUGCCGGUACCUGUCUGGACUUGCCCGACCCACAACGUGCACCCGUGCUUCAUCAACCAUAAGAUAAAAUGGAGCGCCUUCAUCCGAAACCCCGACGGUCAUGUAUCCGAGUUGCGGUGUGCCCUGCCGAUCCACAUCCUCUCGCCGACGCUGGCGGAGGAGGCCCAACUCGCCUCGGCCGGAUCGCGCAACUUGCUCUUUGGAGAGUCCGGGGUGCUGGCCCAUUCCGAUGUUCCUCAAGUCGACCUCCCUUCCUACCAAGACCAUGUGCGGGACCGAGUCGCGAAUGCCGAGACGGCGUCCUACUUUUCGCUGGCCUCUGGAUUCCUCCCGACUCCGUGGAGUCACCGAUCUCCUGGUGUCACCCCGGGGCCGGGCACACCGGGUGCAGGAGCGACACCUGCGCAUUCACCUCCUAACUCGAGACCUGCUUCGCCUCACCGGAGCCACAGCAGUAGCAGUGCGCACCUCCACCAUGGGUUCAGUGGCCUUUCGGCGCUCUCGCAGCAGCACCGAGCCCACCGCGAUGGGUCAAGACGAAGUUCGGGCACGGCGACCCCUAUAACGACCCCGCCAGGAGACGGAUACGACUUUGACGAGGAUCAUCCCGAGGACCACCGCCAUUGGUUCGAUUCCGAGUUGAUGAACACGCUCACGCUCGAUCACACCUCCCCUGCCGGCUCAAGACCAAGUUCGAGGCCAGGAAGUCGUCCGGGAAGUCGACCGGGCAGCCGUCCGGGCAGUCUACCCGGCUCGCGACAGUCCUCGAGGCCAGGGAGUCCGGAGCGACGUCACUCGGGCCCUCCUACACCCAACAAUGGAGCAGCUAGCACCGCACCUAUUGCCGCGUCUUCAGGUGGUGGCAGCGGUGGCUUGUUCCACCUUCAUAUCCCCAAACCGCUGCGACCGCUCACCUCCUUCUCACGCAACGGCUCGAGCUCAUCUCUCCAACAUGCUUCGGGAGGUCACUCGCAUGGUUCUUCGGGCAUGAGCUCUCCACCGAUCUCCACAGCGUUCGACCACCACCCUUCGGCAUCCGCUCUGUCGCAUGCGUUGGCGAUGCAUGCCGCCAAAACGCAACGAGCGUCGUCGUCGGCUCCCGUUGAAACGCACACGCAUGCGGUCAUGUCUAACUCGACCUCGACCUCGCAUACUCCUCCACACUCGGCAUCACCGAGUACCUUGGCGACGGUCCCACCUGCAAAUUCGGCGAUUGCGCUGGCGGGUUCUACUUCAGCGUCGUUAACGGCUUCUUCCCCAUCGCCGGUGCCGUCACCUUUGUCCUCCUCUCACCGCAGCGCGCAUGCGCACGGGCUAGGCACGAUUGGUAAUCACCGACACCACCACCAUCAUUCGCACCAUCAUGGACCGAACCACCACGACGGGGAAGAGGACAUCGAGGAAGAGUCAGAGCCCGUGGACUGGUUAUCGAGGGUACCGGAUUACGAGGUAGCUUCGCGAGGGUUCUUGGGAGGUGGGGUGACGCCCAUUUCGGCUUCGAUGGGCUUACCUUCGUACGAUGAGACGGAUGGGUCUGUUCGGACGACAACGACGAGUUCGCUGCCAGUGUUGGGGUGA